GGGCGGGAAGGGAGCGGCUUCCCCUCCGCAGUGCCCCUCGCCCGGAGUCUGUAACUCUUGCUUUGGACUCUUAAUAAAGCGUACUAUGGGAGCAUAACAGUGGGAUACGAUGAGUUAGUGCGGAUUGUCGUUUUUUUUGUUCUGAUUUCCCCAAAUAGUCGAAGUAGUUUCCGUUGGUGGGACGCUGGUGGCACGUCGGUGAAAUCCCCUGUAGGAAGUCGUCUGUGGUAGUUCUCGAAGCAUUUGUGUAUUUUCCUUUGACCUGCUUGCUAAGGUGGCUUUGAUUUAACGGCGAAUGCUUCAUAGUGGCGUUAAAUGUGCUCACAGUUGUGAAUGCAUACCCUGUAGUUCUUCAGCCUAUUUUAAGUUACUCGUUACUUCUGAAGUAUUAGUAAGACUGUGCAGUUAGCUGAGUUUUGUACAUACAAGUAUUUGCAAGGGAACAUAACUGUGCCGUGUAAGUAAGGUUAAGAGUAUAUGUGGCAGAUCAGCAUACUCUAAAUAGAGACUUGUUCAUGACCUACUUUUUUUGCUGAAAACACUUUGUUUUCGAGUUGGAUUUUUUUUAGGCCUGUGUGCCAGACAGAAACUGUCGAGGAAGAUUCCUCAUGAUGAAAUGGAUGUUGUUGGUAGGAGGUGGAUGAUUUUGAUUUGAUGGUAUUUUCAAGCUUAAUCAACCUGAGACAUUCUCCUAAGGCUGUGGUACAGUUCAAAGGCUACAUCACAAGCCCUUGGAUUCUUCAUAUCAAUCACAGCUGCUGCAAAUUAACCUUUUUGGUAUCUAGUGCCAAAUUUAUUUGUGAAAACUGUAGGUUGUUGGCAGUGCCAAUCCAAAUCUUGGUGCCAGUGUUCACCCUUGUUGCAUAACACUCUUUAGAUGUUACAGAUCAUGGCCAAAUCUGUGCUCUCCUAUGUGAAAAAAGAUGUAGAAAAGUCUUUUUUUUAUUUGAGUUAUUUGAGUUCUUUGCUGAUUGGUGCUUAAGUUAAUGUGUGAGCCUAAUAGGAGGACAGACCUGCAUUACUAACAGGCCUGGCUGUCUUUGCCACUAAGCUAUUCAACAAUGUUUGCUUUUCUCAGAUCAGGUAUUUUUCAUCUGAUGCAUGUGUGACAUGAAGGUCAUGUUGCUGUUCAAGCAGACUAGAGAGAAUUUAAUUACAAGUAAAACAGUCAGAGGAAAGCAGAAAGCACUGGAAUUAAAGCUGACUGCAAUUAACAUAUUAGUGUAAUUUUCACUGUCAUGAUAGCAGUGUGGAUAGUCUAAGUCUAUGAUAUCUAUAUCAAUAUUUGAAGUAUUGCUUGUGAAAUCAUUAUCAAAAGAUAUUUGAUUCAUGUAGGAAACAGGAACUUUUUGAGUUUUUAAGUUGCUAUAAUCACUGAUAAUUGGUAAUGUACAUUAAAGUGAUAUCAAAGUGUUCAUGAGGUUAACUACUCUAUGCUGAACUUCAAAAUAUUACUGACCUUGGUAUGGACAGGCACAUAAAAUUAGCUAGAAAUGGCCAUUCUGAAUUUCUAGCAAUACUGUGAGAUGUUGAAAUCAGUAGGGUGGUAGCAUUUUUGAAGGUCGGGUCUGGGCAAGCAGGUUAAAUUGGUUUUUUCUUCAGUAGUGGGAAGAAAAAGACAUUCUCAAAGGGUGUUAUUUUCCCAGAUGUAAUGGAUGUGAGAGAUGAUGGGUCUCCAGCCAUCUUCUCAGUGCAAUUCUGCCAUCUGUCACUUGAGCAGGGAAAAGUGUUUAAUGAGCCUUUAAUGGAACUUGGUGAUUUCAAGCCCUUAUCAGAGACACUGUGUUGGUUCAGGUACCUGAUCAGCUGCACUGCUGCUGUCCAUGCUCCUCCGGAGGAAGGGUGUCCCUUUCAGGGGUGCCCCUGGGGACAGACACUGGGCUGGGAGAUCUCCAUGCUGCCAGAUGUUCUGCAGCAGCUGGUCUGGGCCUGUUGAUCUUGACCAGCUGAUGCUCAGCACCCAGAGGAGCAGGUCUGGGCUCCAGGGGGCAGGACACCACCCUGAGAGAUGCCGCAACAUUUGGAGCCAAACUUGAUUUUAAUUUGGGCUGCAGUCUCUGCACUGUUGUCUGUAGACUGUGGUGUGGUAGCCAGGCAUCCCAAGCUGCCAGGUUUUAGCUCCACUUGCUUCCCACAGAGCCUGUUUCACACACAGUUCCACCUAAACCCCUGUUGAGUGCUAUUCUACACCCUUCUGGUAACAGUGUCAUCUUUACUGAGUGUAUAAAAACCUAAAUCUAAGAUGGAUGCAAAAAAGUAGUAUCAUUUUCCUUUGAACAUUAGUAAAAUAGCAAUAAUAAUUUGAUGUUAUUUUUAAUUACCUGCUAAUUGUGGCAUCUGGCUAAUGAGACUGUGCAGAAUACAUUGCAGUAAUGUGGAAGUUCAGGAGUUGAUUAAAUCAGAGAAGUCUAAACCCAGCAGAAGCUCUUCCCUAUUUACUCACUUGUAGACAAAACCCUCUCUUCACACAUUUGUGUAGGAGCUCUUAGAAGUCUGAAAACAUUAUCACAUUGCCAUGAGAGUAACUCCAACAGUCUCAAGUCUUUAUUUCAGAGCCAGUGAUGCUUUUAUUCUCCAAAAAAGUCCUCAUGCAAAGUGUUACACAGCUGUCAUGCUAGCAGAGCUUGAUGGAAAUGACACAGUGAAGAGAACCCUCAAACACUGUUCAGCAGAGUUGAUUUUAGCUCUGUGGAGUAGCAGCAGACUGCUCUUUGAAAUAGCAAUCUCAUUUCAAUUUUAAAUGUAUUAUUGUAUCUUGCUUGUGAUAGUAUCACUGCACUAUUGUAGAGUUGCUGAGCCAUCUUGAGAGAGCAGCUGGAAGGGUUUGGUGGGAUGGGAGGCUGGGGCUGUGCACACCCUUCUCACUCUGUCCAGGACUGUGGGUGAGUGUGGGGGAGGUUGGAUGUUGUCACUGGGGGGUUUCUUACAGUGCCAGUCCUUGGGAUGGGCUGCCAAGUGGAAAUCAGCCUUGGGUUGACAACUCUUCAGAAAUUUUGUGAGUGCUAGUUAAAAGUGAUUGGUUCAAAGUGAUUAAACGUGCAUGAGUUUUGUUGGAAAUGCCUCUUUGUUUGCUGCUGUUAGUGCAUUAGUGGUGUGCAAAGGGAUUUUUAUUAUUUUAGUUGAACAGUGGAAUUUUGUGAGUUUUUUUCUUUUUUCCACUAGAUGGCCCAAGCACGCUUCCAAGUACCCCAUGAGAACUGAAACUUGAUUCAUUUCUCUUUUAACUGAAGUAAAAACUCUACAUUGAGAGGCACAUACCAACCUGUGUGAUGCUUUGUGUUUGUUUAAAAUACAAACACCUUCUAUCUACCAAGAGAGUGUUGGUCAAUGGAAGGAAAAUGCAGUAAUGAAAGGUUAUUUUUUCCUUGAUUAGAGCAUUUUUUAUCAAGUGUAGUAUAAAGCUGUUUAGUCUUGUGUUGAAAAGAGAACUGGUGUGCUUUCACUGACUGCUCCACAGUAAUUCAGGGAGUUCAGGGAGCCUCUGAAAAAAUGUUGAUCUGAAGUUUGUCCCUAACAUCUCCUGGGACUGAGACUGGUAUUUUGCAGGUCACCAUAAUUGAUAUUUUUUGGGGGGUGGCUCGAGUUUUGCUGCACAGGGUUUUCAUAACAGCUUUGCAGUUCAUUUCAGCAGUGUAUAGAUGUGGGCAGUGGGUUCUGCAUAGGCUGCUAAAUGUACAGGCUAAUUUAAUUCAGUUUAACAGACAUGAAGUGUAACUUGUUAUCGUGAGUAUCUUUUUGGUCAGUGGAGGAAGAUGGAUAUACCCUGAAGGCAGCUCCUCCAUGGGGGUGGUUGGACACUGGAAUGAGGCUGAAGUGGUGGGAUGUUCAUCCUUAGAGAGACAUUCAGAACUCAACAGGACUGAGCCCUAUUAAUAUCUAGCUCUGGCUGGGAUAUUGAGCUACAUAAUCUUGACAGGUCUCCUUCAGCCUUAAUUAUUCAGCAAUUCCAAAAUGGGAUUUUAUUAGUUCCUUUGCUCUACUGCUGUUUAAACCAAAAAUAAAUGGAAAAUGGAUAGUUGUGUUUCUGAGCAAGUUGUAACCUCAGUAACUCCCAGCUUGCCUUUGCUUCUGAGGGCCUUGAUGUGGUGGUGUUAGACCACCAGAAAAAGGAUGUCUGUCUGUGAGUGUACUUCUCCUCCUUGACUUGCAAUCCCCACUGGGGAAAAAAAAGCCAUUUAAAGGGAGUGCUCUAUUGCUUCAUUUCACUGCUGCACUUGCCAAGUGCCAGCUCUUGCCUUAUGUUUGGUAUUAUUACUUCUAGUGUCUCUUUUUAACAGGUAUGACAGAUUUUUUCUUACUCCAUUUCUUAGGAUAUUUCCUAGGUUUUCUCUUCUGCUCCUUUCCUGUAUGGGAAAGAGACAGCUGUUGUCCCUUCCUCUGCAUCUGACUGUAUUCCUUUUUUCCUUCCUUUUCCCACUGUUAGUAUUUGUCCUGUCCUGUCACCUUCCUGCUUCUCUUCCCUUUUCUGGCUGGAGACAAAUCAGUGUGUUCACAUGUACCAGAAGGAUGGGCAUAAAUGGAGUAUUUUGGUGGCAGGAAUAUUGCUGCCUGCAGUCAGUUCUGCAGACAGAGGUCAUCUGCCCUAGUUCACAGCCCUGCUGAUCUGUGUUCAGUACUGCUUUUGCAGUAUUUUGGUCUCCUUUCUAGUUUCUUCCAAAGUCAACAGCUUUCAGUUUAUUGAGCAAUGUGCCAGUUGAGCCAGGAACAGAGAAAUUUCUAAAGAUACUGUUUUUGUGAUAGAUUUGUAUGUUUAAUGGGAUUUCUUUCCUGGACUGAUACACUCUUCACUUUGUGCAGGACAUUGGCUGCAUGGCCUCACAACUGCUGUUAUUAGUAAUACAGGCUUAACUUUGUUUGUGACUGGAAACUGAUGAAAGCAAUUCCAUUUUUAACAUCCUGGUAGUAGAAAACAUAGCUAUAGGAAUACUAAAAUGUUAGUAGUAGUAGCAGUAGUAUUUUUUGGUUAGUAGCAUAAGUUAUGGUUUAGUUCUAUUUUUUUUACCAGAGAAAUUUAAUAACAAGUAUGAAAUGGGGCAAUUUAAAAAAGUUGUGUUUCUAGCAAAUCUUUGAUGCAACAGAAACAGGUGUAAUUUGUCUGCAUAUAUUAUUGCAAGUAUUAUAUGGAACCUUGGUGUGAAAGGGAUGUUGUCCAAUCGUGAUGUGAAGGUUUUUCAGCUAGUGUCUCAGUCAGGUCUCAAAACUUUGCACUUCACAUGGUUUUAGUAACUGUAGACAGUUUAAGCAGGUAGUAAUAUUUAUUUUCAGGCAAGGGUUUUAUUUCAUGUACCUGUUGUAUGUAGGACAAUAAUGUGCUUAUUGUGUAGUUUUGCAUCUAGGGAUACAGAAAUUAAAUUUUAGGGUGAACAAAAAUAGUGGUGGACAAGAUGUCAGAAAGGUGCUGUGUUUCAUACCUGUCUCAGUGCAUUUACAUAGUGGUACCCCCUAAAUACAUGUAGGCAUUUUGGAUAAGUGGAUUUAGUGCCUUUGGAUGCAUGACACAGCAGCCAAGAUGUAGAACUGUGUGAAAGCUGGACCAAGCUGCAGAAGGUUGCAGUAUCAGAUGUCACUAGUAGAUUUGGGAAAGAAACUUUUAGAAGCUGCACGAGCAGGUCAAGAUGAUGAAGUUCGCAUUUUGAUGGCAAAUGGAGCACCUUUCACCACAGACUGGCUGGGAACAUCUCCACUUCAUCUAGCAGCACAGUAUGGACAUUACUCCACCACAGAGGUGUUGCUGCGGGCAGGAGUGAGUCGGGAUGCCAGAACCAAAGUGGACAGAACUCCAUUACAUAUGGCAGCAUCAGAAGGCCAUGCCAGCAUCGUAGAAGUCUUACUUAAGCAUGGUGCUGAUGUCAAUGCCAAGGACAUGCUCAAAAUGACUGCACUUCACUGGGCUACUGAACAUCACCACCAAGAAGUUGUAGAACUCUUGAUAAAGUAUGGAGCAGAUGUUCAUGCUCAGAGUAAAUUUUGCAAAACGGCAUUAGAUAUUGCAGUAGACAAUGGAAAUGAAGACAUUGCAGAAAUAUUACAGAUUGCAAUGCAGAACCAAAUCAACACGAACCCCGAGAGUCCGGACACGGUGACGAUACACGCAGCCACGCCGCAGUUCAUCAUCGGGCCUGGAGGGGUGGUCAACCUAACAGAUGAAACAGGAGUGUCUGCUGUACAGUUUGGAAAUUCAUCAACAUCAGUAUUAGCUACGUUGGCAGCUUUGGCAGAAGCAUCAGCUCCACUGUCUAAUUCUUCAGAAACACCAGUUGUGGCCACAGAAGAAGUUGUGACUGCAGAAUCUGUGGAUGGGGCCAUUCAGCAGGUGGUCAGUUCUGGAGGGCAGCAGGUUAUUACCAUAGUUACAGAUGGCAUUCAGCUGGGCAACCUGCAUUCCAUUCCAACCAGUGGCAUAGGGCAGCCCAUCAUUGUCACCAUGCCAGAUGGGCAGCAAGUGCUAACAGUUCCAGCAACAGACAUUGCUGAAGAAACUGUAAUAAGUGAAGAACCGCCAGUGAAGAGACAGUGCAUUGAGAUUGUUGAAAAUCGUGUGGAGUCUGCAGAAAUAGAAGAAAGAGAAACUCUUCAGAAACAGCUGGAUGAGGCAAACAGAGAAGCACAAAAAUAUCGUCAGCAGCUUCUAAAGAAGGAACAAGAAGCAGAGGCCUAUCGGCAGAAGUUAGAGGCAAUGAACCGCCUCCAGACUAAUAAAGAAGCUGUUUAAUAAAAAAUGAACACACUGCAAAGCCUGUUACUUUCAAAAACCUGCAGUACAAUCUUGAACUGUACACUAUAUAGGUACAGCCAUGGGAUUUCAUGAUAGAGAAGAUGCUACAAGUUGAUAACUGGACUUAAGCCGUGAGCUCUGAUUGAUUUCUUGUAACAUAAAAACUCUGAAUUUAGAAAUUGUGAAAAGUAUUUAAAAUUAAAUACUGUAAAUAGUUGGUUUUUUUACAGUUUCAAAAUGAGUUGAUAAAUCUUUUUGAAGGGAUCCAGAAACAUGAAAAGCCAAUGUUUUUGUGAAAUUUUUGAUUUUAGUAUGAAUCUAACUUCUGAAAAACAGAACAGUUUUAAGGGUGAUGCUGAUUUAAGCUGACAAUUUGAAAUUUGAUUAUGUGACAAAAUUAAUUAACAGUUAUUUCUACAUGAUAACAGCUCAACUUCUCUGAAUAAGACAUUUCCAGGUGGAAAUCUUUGUACAGCUUUAAGUAGUUGUCUGAGAUUCUCUGAAAACCAUUUUUGGUUUUUUUUUUUAUUUUAGGUGGUGAAAUUUUUAUAUUUAAUUUCAGAUAUAUCCAAGUAGAUUUACAUGUAUAUGAAGCUAAUAUUUUUUAAACUUUUCAGUUUGUACAUAUGCUGCAUGUUUUUAUAAUUUCUACACAUACAUCUUGCAUAGGUAUUUUUCAGCAAAGAUGAGAAAAAUUAUGAGAAAAAUGUUUAGCCUAUAGGUCAUUUGAAGUAAGCUAGCAGCCAGUUUUAUUGUGGAUGGUAUAUUUCUUGGAAGAAUGUAAUUUGUAAUUAAGGAGAACAAAAAAGUAUCUUAAUUUACAUAUUAAGAGGCAAAAUUUGGUAGUGGAGGCGUCGAAACUUCACUUUGUGUGUCUUAUGAUUUUCCUGUACAAACAUUUUAAAGUUCAGUAAUGAAUAGAAAGGAAUGUCUCCACUGGAACACAAAUAGUAGCUAUUUUAGACUGUCCCUGUUGGUCUCUCUUCCCCAAUAGCCUUGAAAUGACUUCAGUGAUACAUUUUUUUUAACGGACUUUUGCAUUUUAAUUACGCAAUUGGAUGAGUAAUUUUUUUUUAUGUUGUAGUGAUGCUCUUCCUAGCCAGCAUCAUUGUUCCUCACUGUGAUACUGUGUUUGUGUGUGUCUGUGCAGUGAUCUAUUAUGCUUAAAAUUUAUAUGGCACGUUACAUCUUCAGAGCAUUGUAAAAUCUUUUAAAGAACCCUUACUGCUCUGCCUGAGGCAGGUAAGUGAGUGUUACUGUCUCAAUUUUUAACUGGUUUAAAUGCAACAUGAGGGAGUUACAUGACUGGCUUACCACCACGUGAACCUGUGGUCACCUGGGAAUGGAUCUCAGGAGUUCCUGGCUUCUAGUCCUGUGCUUAGACUGAGCUGCCUUAAGAUUGUUCAGUGCUGUGUUACAUUAAAUUUUGAACUACUGUGCAGAUCCGUUUUUUGUAAGAUAAAACUCUUUGUGCUUUGCUUUGUUGUUCCAUGUUCACUGCUUUUAUGGAAUUGUUUAUAUAAACUUAAGCAAAAUGUCUGGUUUAUCUAUACUGUACACGGAAGAAUUACCCUUAAAACUGUACUCUGGCCUACUUUUUCUAUUUUACAAUUAAAUAUCUUUUCCACAUA